AUGGUUACCCUUGAGUACAAUCCAAACAACAAGCUGAUUACCCCAGGCGACGGGGUUAUCACACAAUCUACCGAAAUCAACAUUGACCAAAUAAAUGUCCUUACUACAUCCUUGAUAGGUGAAACUAAUCCAAAUUUUACUCCACAACCUAAUGAAGCCCUAAGUAAAAUGAUCAAAGGUUUAUUUGAAAGUGGUAUGAAAAAUUUACAACAAAAGAAACUGAAUGAGGCAUUAAAGAAUGUUUCCUUAGCGAUCGAAAUGGCACAAAGAAAAAGAGCACCUUGGGAAGCUUUUGCUAUUCAACUACCAGAAUUACAUUUCAUGCUCCGUAGCAAAAUAGAUCUAUGUUUAAUACUUGGGAAACAUUUAGAGGCAUUGCAAGACUUGGAUUUUUUACUCGGUACAGGGCUUAUCCAACCGGACGUAUUUGUUAGGAAGGCAGACUGUUUGUUAAAGCUGGGACAAUGGGAAGAGGCUAGAGCAACAUGCGAAAGAGGAUUGGCUUUGGCCCCUGAAGAUAUGAAACUAAGAGCUCUCUUAAUAGAAACUGCAAGGAAUUUAGCUGAGUAUAACGGUGAAUGA